GAGUUCAGCUAGGUUUCAUCUUCCGCUUAGUGCAGCAUCGGAAAAGAUGACACUGUAACAUACUUGGCUUCUGUAAUCUGGACUCCACGUUCGUCUGGAGACAUCAAUAAAACAGUCAGUGAUGAAGGCGUUCAAAUAGUAACUCUGCAUCGUUACAAUCUCAGUCAUGCAAAUAGCCAGCGGAGAGCUUUCACUAGUACGUAUCCAACGAAUGACUUGAGGUCUUUGAAGUUACCAAAGGAUGAAGAUGAUUGCUGUUCUCCUACUCGCCGGCGUAGUCUCGGGAGGAUCUGUUGUAUACGAUAUACAGUGUAGUGAUGGUGACAAGAUAGCUCACGAUUCAGACGAUACUAAAGUUCUCGAAUGCUUCCAAGGAUUAUAUGUAUUAAAGAAUUGCCCGCCAGGGUUCAAAUACCGAGCGGAAUACAAGAAAUGUUUUUCAUCUUACAUUACUGAAGACGACAAGAUUUCAGUAUCUCUUGCUGAUCCCGUAUGUCUUGAGGGGCACAGAAUUCCAUACUUCGGUCCAGAUACCUUACCUCAGACUAGAUAUUAUGAAUGCUUGGGAGGAUUUUACACACAAAUGAUAUGUCCAGGACAAAAGCCUCGUGGCCAAAACUCAAACUUCCAGAAAUGUAUUCCGUUUUCUGUUUACUCUAGUCAGGGAUCUGUCCCUCCCACUCGUGAAUGUCAUGAAGGCGACAUGAAAGCACACGAAUCAGACGCUACUAAGGUUUACCAAUGCUUUAAAGGAUUUACGUACGUAGUACUAGAAUGCCCUACAGGUUUCACAUACCGAGUCGACGCCCGACAAUGUUAUUCAACGCAUGUUGAUACAGAAAACAAGCCAGGAUUUUCCUUUGCUCAUCCUGUGUGUCGUGAGGGACACAGGAUUCCCGAUGUCCUACCACCUCGCUCGCCUCCACCUACCCAUUACCAGUGUUUGGGAGGAUCUUAUAUACUGAUGGUAUGUCCACUGAAACCUCACCAGCGAGGCCUCAUCCCCCAUAUAUGCCACCCAAAGGCAAAAAAUGGCAACAAAGCAGUAACUGAGGAGCUCCGGAUAUAGACCCUGGUUAUGAGAAAACAACAAAAAGAUUAUAGUGCGUGUAUUGAGUGCUGUAUGACUAAAUGUGUAGUGUUUGUUAUAAUAAAGUUGUUUUUACAGUUCUUA